AUGGAGAUGGCCUCCACUUGCAGCAGCGAUCGUGUCUUCCUUGAUCUAGAGUUGCUUCUGAACAGAUUCCGAGACCGGUAUGUUCCUUACGAUGCUCGUGGUUCAAUCAAACACAUGAAAUUUCUCAUAACAUUUCUUAUGUGUGCUAGAAAGUGGAGCCAAAGCAAUGAUUUGUACUUGGAAUCUGACAAUGUUGUGAAGAAGGUGAGUCUUCCAUCUUUCUUAUCUUGCAUCGAAGAUACCUUUCACAAAUAUGAGGAGGACAUUCACUCUCUUUGCCUUAUGUUGGAAUCUGAUGCACGUGGCAUACGUGAUGUUGGCGAUGAAGUGGUUUUUAAAUACUCUCUUUCCCUUAGACCAGAAACGGAUAAACUUGUGAAACAGACUAUUGGUCGUUAUUAUAGCAUGUUCAGGAAACUUGUGAAACAGAUCCAAUCACUGAAGCAAGAAAUCAUCCAAAUUUACUUUGCUUUGGCAAGCAGCAGGUCAUUGCAAUCAAAUUCUUGUAUGACAGAUGAUGAACUGUUGGAAUUCAUAGACCUCAUCCUACAAAAUCUAGCAGAUAUGACAAAUGGCUGUAUGGAUUGGAAAAUUAGUGAAUCAUCUAUUUCUGCUGCUUUGGAUGCUCAAGUCCAAGCCCUUGAAGCAAAGCUGACAUUCUUGAAAAGCUUCAUUCCCUUUGCCAAUAUGCGAGGAACUGCAGAUAUUCCUGCCUUGCUAUUGGCGCACUUCGAAGUGGUGGCUUUGAACGCAGCACGCCUCUCUUACAUGUGUUCUUAUUGGUACGAUGCUGAGGAAAUGCACAAUCCUCAGUUCUACUCCAUGAUAUAUGAUCAACAACAGAAGAUCAGAGCUGUCGAUUUUCAUGUCUACGAGAUUUAUAAGGAAGUUCUUAGAGCUACAAGAUCCUCAAAAUCAUUGCAUGAUAGAAUGAUGGAUAAGCAGAUCUUGAACAACUUCAAUGAUUCUUUGAUAAGUUGUCUCUGGGAGCUGUUAUGCUGCAGCUCUAGCUUUGUGGAUUCUAUGAAAGAUGAAAUGCGAAUACUCUAUGCAGGACUGAGGUUCUUGAGAAGCAUUUUAAGGGAGCGGCAGCAGAAGAUGGAUGAAGAAAACGAAAAAAUUGGUGCUCUUCUUUGUGAUGCAGGCAUUAUAAUUUGCUCGCCUUCUCUAAACAGAGUGAAAGAAGGAGAAGUUAGCUUCUCAGAAUCCACAGAGGCCCUUGACUGUUAUGACAUGCUGGCUAAUACCAAUGUCCAUAUCAAGCAUUUUAAGGAGCAGAUCAGUGGCUCAAGCAUUAUUGAAAGUAUUCCUUCCUUUCAUGGCUUAAGAGCACCAGAAGUUAGCAAGACUUCCAGCCGCAUGCUAUCAAAAGGCAAAAUGCCAAUAGCCCAUGAAGUCAUGGUUGGUCUCGAUGAUGAGGCAGCAAAAGUAAUUGAACGACUUAUAUGGGGACCAGAACAGGUGGAAAUUGUUCCCAUUGUGGGAAUGGCUGGGCUUGGUAAAACAACUUUAGCCAAAAAGGUUUACAAUGAUAGUUCAAUUACCUAUAACUUCCAGAUUCGUCUUUGGUGCACUGUUUCUCAAGAAUUUAACAUGAAAAGCUUGUUAAUACAAAUUUUGUGCUCUAAUGGAAAACAGUCUAGGAUGGAUGAAGAGCUUAAAAACUUGAAUGAACAUGAAUUGCUUCACAAGCUCUAUCAAAGGCUAAAGACGAAUCGGUAUCUUGUUGUUUUUGAUGAUGUCUGGGACAUUAAGGUAUGGAAUGAGCUGAGAAUUUCAUUCCCGGAUGACAAGAAAGGAAGUAGAAUCAUCUUCACGAGUCAAUCUUCUAAUGUGGCUUCACAGGUUGAAUAUGGGGGGAAACCUCACUAUCUUCGCCCGCUCAGUGAGAAAGAAAGUUUUGAAUUACUGCAGAAGAAGGUAUUUGGAAAAGAAGAUUGUCCUCAAGCAUUGCAUGGGUUGGGAAUGGAGAUUGCCGAAAAGUGCAGGGGAUUGCCACUUGCACUCGUUGUUGUAGCUGGAGUCCUAGCAACUAUAAAGCAUGAUAUUUGUGUUUGGGAAGAAUUUGCUGAAAGUUUAACUUCAACCACGGUGUCUGAUGCAGAACAAUGCAAAAAGUCGAUGGAGCUCAGUUAUGAGCAUUUACCAUAUCACUUGAAGGCAUGCUUGCUGUAUUUUGCUGCAUUUCGAGAAGAUGAAAAAAUUGGUGCCAAGAAUUUGAUGCGUCUAUGGAUUGCAGAAGGGAUAGUGGAAAAAAUUGAAGGAGAGAGAUUAGAGGAUAUUGCAGAAGAAUAUCUGAUGGACCUAAUUGGCCGAAACCUAGUUAUGGUAUUUGAAAACAGAUCCAUUGGUGGAGUCAAAUCUUGUUACAUUCAUGAUUUGAUAUUUGAGUUCUGUAAGGGCGAGGCGAAAGAAAAGAAAUUUCUUCAGGUCUUGCGAGGAUAUGAUGAGCUUUCUACCUUUAAUGAGCCUCCCAACCUACCUCGGCUGUCCAUUUGCUCCAGUGGAGAAGAUUUUAUAAAGUCAAAGCUAUUUUGUCCACAUUUAGGUACUCUGCUAUUCUUCAAUAGCACAUUUAGGUACUCUGCUAUUCCUAAUAUCUCUUUCCUUUUUUGCAUCUACAAACAUCUUAAAGUUUUGAAUUUAGAGGACAUUAACCUGUGGCUGAAGGAGCUUCCAGCUGAAGUCGAAUCACUUCUUUGUUUGAGGUACUUAGCCCUUAGAGCUUCGGAAAUGGAAUUCAUUCCACCAUCUAUAGCCAAGCUCUCACAUUUGGAAACCUUUCGACUAAAUUCUCAAUGGAUGGUAUCAUUGCCAGAUAGCAUCUGGAACAUGAAGAAUUUGAGGCAUGUAUGUGUAAGCCAGUGCAUUCUUCGUCUUUCUUCCAAUAACCUCUCCACUUUACCCAAUUUAGACACACUCUCUACUCUGCGUGUUUAUCUUGAUAAAGAGGGAGAGAACAUAUUGAGAAGGAUUCCCAACGUUCGCCGACUUAAAAUUUUUUAUUUGGGGGAUCAAAACAGAUUAUGCUGGAACAUGAGUCGACUAAAAUGCCUAGAGUCACUCACCUUGGGGGGCUACAACUUCUUCGAUUCACGGGAAUAUGUGGAGCUUUCUUUUCCCAUGAAUUUGAAGAAGCUGUGUCUUGUCGAUCUAGGUCUUCCCUGUAGAAAAAUGUCAUUGAUUGAACAACUACCCAAUCUUGAAGUUCUCAAAUUAGGAUGGCGGACAAUGGACAGCCAGAGAUGGGAACUAACGGAAGGAGGAUUCCCUAAACUCAGGGUCUUGGCUUUGGAAGAUGGAAAGAUUGUUGAGUGGACGGAGACGGAUCCCAACAGUGAUGAUUAUUUCCCGUGUCUUCAGCAAUUAAAACUCGACGGCAUUUUUAGCUUGAAAAUGGUCCCUUCUUGUUUAGGGCGUAUAUCAACUCUUGAAACAAUUAAGGUGGGUUUUUGCGGAAAUGGUGUCAAAUCUUUAGUACGGGAAAUUGAAGAAGCACAGAAAUAUAAUGGAAAUGAGAAUCUGAAGAUCAUCAUUUAUAAAAAAUAUUAUUAUUGA